CACGGCGGUGGCGAUGUUCGGAGCCGCGGGGGCUGGCGCGGGCGCCCCGCCUGGCCCGCUUGGGUUGGGCCCUGGCGGGGGGCUCCUCGGCGUGGGCGGCGGCGGAGUGCUGGGCGGCUUUCUGGGACUGCCGCCUGGCGUCGGCGCCCUGCUCCCGCCGCCGCCUGCCGGAGUGGCCGCUGGAGCUGCCGCGGCCGCGGGCGGAGCCGCUGCAGGCCCCGCAGCACCAGGAGGCGGAGGCAAGGCAGCGGCGAAGCCCGGGAUGGGCGGCAAGGGCGGCAUGGGCGGCAUGGGUGGCCCAAUGGGCGGCAUGGGCAAGCCGCCUGCCGCCCCGCCGCCCGCUGCAGGUCGCGGCAGAGGCGCUGGCGCUGGAGCAGGAGCGCCAGCAGCCCUGGGCGGCCCCGUGGUGCCGGGUCUGAUCCCAGGGAUCCCCGGGGUGGGAGCCCUCGUGGGACCACCCGCUCACGCUGGGGGUGGAGGCGGCCACGCCGUGGCAGGGCAGGCCGCCCACGCGGUGCCAGCCGCCGCCGCGCCUGUGCCCGUGGGCUGGCAGGCAGGCAUGCCCGCGGCGGGCGGGGCGCUGCCGCAGUUCGGAGCAGCGUUCGCCCAGCCAGCGGUGGCGGGGGUCGCGGCGGCGGCGCAGCAGGCUGGACCCUGGGUAUACGUGCCCAUGGCGCCCCAGGCCGUGACCCACGGCCUCCUGGGACUGAGCGCCGGCUGCCGCGUCGAGCUGGUGAUGUACGAUGCUGCCUGUCAGCCAAGCGGGACGACGACGAUGACCGUGACAGGGCUGUAUCCGCCUGACGCGGCAGGAGAGUUCGUGGAGUGCACAGUGGAGAGCAGCAGCGACCCUCUCUACCUGCCGAUCCUGCAGGGCAUCUUCGCGAUGGGAAGCAGCGUGGUGCACCUCUGCACCCAGGGCGUGGCGACUUGCUGUCGCACGACCGCUUGGCCAGGGCGCAACGUGGUGCACUCGGACACGUUGCGCGUGCUGGGGGCGGCCGGGCCUGGAGGCGGUGCCGCUGAUGGCGCUGGAGCCACCCCGCCUGGCGCCCUCCCUGCAGGCGGUGCGCCGCCCGCCGCUGACGCUGGACCCGUGGUGCCGGGCAAGAACGCAGGUGGAGCUCCCAAGGGCUCAGGCGGUGCCGACGGUGAGGACGUGGAUGGCAGGACGGCCGAGGAGAUGAGGAAGAUCGUCAAGAGGCUGAAGGAGAAGCUUCAGAGGAAGCGCUCCAUGGGCGAGGCGCUGGCCGAGCGCGCCGAGGCUGCGCUGGAGGGCCGCCGCAGCCGCAAGAAGCAGAAGAACAGGGACAAGGAUAGCUCCGACAGUGCGAGUUUUGAUGAGGCCCCGACCGCUGGUUCCGGCCGCCGAGUGCAGAAGCUGGCCCGCUCCGACCCCGGGGCGCUCAUGGCGGCGGGUCUGAAGCAGAUCCGAGAGUACUUGGCGCAGCGGGGCGGGGCCGACAACGAUGAUGAGCUGGAUAGGAUGGCGUCCAACGUGGUGCAGUAUAUCACGAGCGUGUGGCACGGCAUGCACCCUCAGAACGAGAUGGGGGUGCGGAAUGUGCGCGAGAUGAGGAUGAUCGGGGAGUGCCUGGACGCCCUCACGAGGGGCGAUCUGCCGCAGCUGGGCGACAUGCUCAUGCAGAGGCUGAAGGCCAUCGAGCAGGCCACCAAGGACGGGCACUGGAAGAUAGCCGAGCACCUCGAGCUGAUCGACUCCACCGACAUCGGGCUGGCCAGCAGCGCCGAGGCGUCGGCGGCCGUGGCAUCCUACUCGGAGGGUGCGAAGUUGAAGGACGCCCUCUCCCGCGACGCCGCCCCCACAGACAUCGAGUCCUGGAGCACAGGGGGAGAAGGAUGCGCCGACGCCCGGAUCGAGGAAGGCAGUGAAGAGAGCGUCGCCGAGCCCGGCAGCCGGGACAGGUUCGCGGACGACGUGACCGCGGAGGCGAAGGCUGGCAACAAGGGCAAGCCGAAGGGCGACAAAGGGCAGCACCGCGGGGCGCCACCUUGGCGCUCGUGGAACCCGAAGGGCAAGGGCGGCACGAAGGGUCAGGCCCGUGGCAAGGGCAAGGACAAGGGCCAGGGCAAGAGGUCCAACAAGAAUCGGAAGUAG